CUUGGUGACCUUGGCGGCCUGCUUAAAUCUUGGGCUACCAAUUACCUUAAACAUUACAAAUCAUAUUGCAUCUAAUUUCUCAUUUCUAAUUGAUAUUUUAAUCAAUAAAUCUUAUUCAAAUAUGACCUCAAAUCGGAUUAUUUAUUCUCGUGAAUAUCUAAUAUCUUUAAAACCUACUGAUCUGCAACUCCAUAAAAAAGACAAGAAAAAGCAUCAUGCCGGCUGGCAGAGAGCAUUAAAAAAUACCCCUAUUCAAUUCAUGACUGUUCCCGCAAUAAUGAGUACCAAUUGUCGCUCCCUGCCGGCUAAAAUUAACUGUCUUCAAUCGCUGGUGUCUUCCAUUAUAUAUCAUAAUACUGGGAUCAUAUCACUUCAAGAAACAUGGCUUCAUGAUCUAUAUGAUGACAAUCUAGUGUAUCUAAAUAAUUUCAAACUAUUCAGACAAGAUCGAUGUAGUUCCAGGAAGAAACGCGGUGGCGGUGUCGCCAUCUUCAUCAACUCACAAUGGUGUACGUCUAAUAAUGUAUGUUUCAAAUUCUCUAGUGACAAUAUUGACUGUCUCACCGUUAAGUGUCGACCUAAACAUUUGUCAAAAUACAACUACAUUUACAUCUCGAACAUGUAUAUUGCUCCUGGAUGCAACUCCACAGAAUUAUCUUUAUUUGCGGAUGAAUUUACUUCCCUUGCUGCCACCUCCUUCGGAAAUUCCUUGUCUAUAGUUACUGGUGAUUUUAAUUCUAGUGACCACAGCUUCCUAAUUUCACUUGGACACGAUAAUAUUGUCAACUUCCCGACUAGAAUGGACAACACUCUUGACCUUGUUUUCACAAACGAUGCAGGAAUAUUUGAAGCUCGAAAGAGAGCCCCACUACUAAAUUCAGAUCACUGUAUCAUAAGAAUAUUGCCCAAAGUAUAUGGAAAGCAGCACAAAAGAGUCUUCUCACACCUUGGAAAGAAAACACAACACAGAUGUUAUUCCCAUGACAAUAUACUGAACCUAAGGUCCAUGUUAAAAGACACAAACUGGGAUCUAUUUACUGAACAAGCUCUUGAUAACACAAUUGCCAACAUAACACAUUAUCUUAAUUUCUGUCUUGAUGUUUGUUGUCCAAAAGAGACAAUCUUCUUAAAAUUCGAUCGCUUCUCCUCUACUCAACUCAAAAAGCUCCGCCGUGAAAAAGAAAGGUUGUUCAAAAUGAAAAACAAAUCUGGUGUUAAGAGAAUGAACACUUUGAUUAAGCUUGAAUUACAAAGAUUGAAUGCUCUCUAUAACCAGAAGUUUCUUUCAUGUAAAUCCCCAUCAAAUAUGUGGAAGUUAUUAAAGGAAAUCACAGGUGGUAAGCAAAUGUUGAAUGAUAUUUCUGUAGAUGUUAAUACGCUUAAUGAAUCCUUCAUAUGUAUUCCAGCAAAUGUUAUGAUUCCUAACUCAAAUAGUGUAAACAAUGACUGCUUCUCAUGCUUAAACACGAAUGAUGUCCUCAAGUGUCUUCAAUCUCUCAAGCCUACUCAGUCCCUCGGUCCUGAUGGUGUUCCUGCUGUUAUCCUUAAGAGUGUGCCGACAUCUUGUGUUCCCCGCUAACUGACAUUUUCAACGAAUCGUUUUCCAAAAGUAUUAUACCUGAAUCAUGGAAAAACAUCAAGAUCGUUCCAGUGCCUAAAUCUACAAGUGGACCAAAUGUUAAGUUUAGACCCAUUUCAAUUACCUCACCCUUUUUGAAAGUUAUGGAAAGACUUAUUUUACUUAAUCUUGAUCCCUCUUUAAAACCUUUCAACGACCCCAACCAGUUUGCUUAUAAACAUAGUAGGAGUACGUUAGAUGCCGCUGUCGUCCUCCACCAUAGCAUAGUCUCUAGUUUAGAUAAAGGGGCUAAAUACGUUCGCUGUGCCUUCCUUGAUUACACAUCUGCAUUUGACUCUGUUCCCAGGUCUCUCUUGCUAAGUAAGCUUGCUGCAACACAGGCUGAAAGCUGGACAAAUAAGUGGUUGCAUUCCUAUUUUUCUGAAAGGAAGCAGUACACCGUCUACAAUGGAAAAUCCUCCACUACCUCACUUACUUUAGCUGGUGUUCCUCAAGGUGCUGUUCUUUCUCCCUUUCUGUUCUCGUUUUUCUUACAUGACUUGCCUCAUUCUGAUGUAGCCACUUUUGUUAAAUAUGCCGAUGACCUCUCGGUUUCUAUGCCUGUCAACUCUCAGUCAGAUUGUUCCAAAUUAAAUAGCUUUUUGUCGGAAAUUAGUCAGUGGUCCUCUUCAAACGGACUUAAGCUUAAUCCGUCUAAAUGUCAGGUAGUCAAUUUCAGUUUCAGACGUAAAUGUGACCUACAGCAACUAGUUAGCUCACAUGGCCCCACUCUCAUUGACGGCACAGAGGUUGAAAAUACAUCUUAUGUCAAGUACCUUGGGCUGAGUUUUUCCACCGAUCUUUCCUGGUCUUCCCACAUCUUGCUAGUUACUAGAAAGAUGUUUCGCUUAACGUUCUACAUUAGGAAAUUUAGGCAGUCUGGCAUAAACCAGUCUUUACUUUCUCAGUUUGUAAAUUCUUGUAUUCUACCCAUCCUCCUUUACUGCUCCCCAUUAGUCUUUCCUGGACUACUUAAGAAAGACUUUGCUUCGCUGAGAAGAGCACUGAAAGCUGUUAGUAGGGCAAGUGGGAUAUCGUUAAACCAACUGGUGAACACUAUUGUAGAUAGACAUAUUAUAUCAUGUAAGAAACUAGCAAAUACAAUAUUGUCGGACCCCAAGCAUCCUCUCUAUACACAUCUAUCUCCUUGCAUUUCAUCUGGUAGAACUAGAAGCAGCUAUAGGCGGCUAUAUGCUAGGACUACCAAAUACAAAAAGUCCACAAUACCAUAUCUGGCACAGCUGUUAUGUGAUGAGAAAUCCGUUAGGUAUGACACGAUAAACUUACUGCGGCACUCUAACAAAUAGUCCCAUUAGUUUUUGUUUUCCUUUCCUCGUUACUACUACACUGUUGUUCUCAUUUACUACCACACAUCAACUUUAUAUUUCAAAUCCUGUGUUGCAUUGUUUGAAAUGAAAUACUCUACGUUGUUUUUUUCUUAAUUUCUAAUAUUUAUUUAUUUUAUUUAUUUAUAACUUAUUUAUUUUAUUUUUAUUUAUUUAUCUUUGAUUUUUAAAAAUCUUAUAUAAUUUAUGAGGUAAUUAGAUGCAAUAUACUGUAAUGCACGCUGAAAAUUCCAUACCUGUACCACAAAUACUGUUUGGAAUAAAGCUAUUAUUAAUAUU